AAUUUUUGUUUGUUUGAUUUCAUAUUUACUUACGUGCGUGAUUUCAGCGUAAAUAUUUAUCCAGUUAGAGCUUCUUUUACGAAAAACAAUCUUGAUUUCGAAUGCACCUGACCUAUUUCGUCACGACCUAGCGAGGGGUAGAGUUAGGGAGUUUUCGAUGACUCUUUAGGUUUUUACCCCAUUGUAAAUUUAUAACACUGCAUUUUAGGUAUGUUUAGUUGUCAUCAUCAACUCAUGGAAGUUUUAGAGCAAUAUCUACGACAGUAUUAAACACACUUACCUACUUGGGAUGGUUGCCUAAUACAUAGGUAGCCAGGGGAGUCCUGCUCCUCAAACAGAGGACUGUAAGCAUGGUUAUUUUUGGAGAUUGUGGACCUCACUAGUCCACUUUUUGCAGCUGAAGCGGCCAGCAAGGGCUUUGGUUUAGUGAUUGCCACUAGAAUUUCUUGUAUCUGUUGGAAUACACAAGAUAAGACUUGGCCUAUUUGUGACCAGUGGCUUUUGUUUCAUGGGGAAAGAAGCAAUCAGGACCUAUAGGUCAUGAAGUAUCCUCGAUUAGUAUCCAGUAGCACUCCAGCUUCAGUACAAGACUGGCUGGAGGAGGAGCUGGAGAGUCGGGGGAUUGAUGGUGUUUACACUCGAUACAUCCUCAGCCUCUUCCAAGUGGACAGUUUUGAUCUGGAUGUACCUGAAUGUGAACAUGUCUCCUUGAAACACCAACAGAACUACAAGAACUUGCAGCAGGUUGGAAAACAAACUCAGUAUACGUUACCAUCAACAAAGGUUAGGCAUAAAAGGUGGAAGAGUUGGGAGAGGGAAAGGUUUCAUAAGCAGGCAAAGACAUUAUGUACUUGUAAUUCAUCACUGAAUAUUGAAGAAAGGAAGAAAUGUGCAGCAGUUGAAUGCCUGAAGUCUGCCUGUGAACAGAAAUCAGGCAUAGAGAUGCUUGUGGAAGAAUUAUGUUUAAAACUAAAAAAUGUCAGCAAACAAGCAGUAACAACCAAUAUUAAAAAGAACAGUGAGAAAACAGAUUCUGAAAAUGGAAAAGAGCAAAAGUCAACAACACUUCAAGAGCAAGCCCAGAAGUACUAUGCAGCCUUUCCUUCUCUUAGUGGCAAAUCUGAACCACAGACCAAGCUGUGCCCACAGCAGGAGAGACAAACCACAUCAAAAUGUGUAUGGGAUGGUAGAAAAAUUAUUCAACAUGCAUACGAAACUGCAGUUUUUAAACUGGAGGAAAGUAUUGUGAAUAUGAAAGAAGAUAACAGAUCAGAAACAAAAGUAAACACACAAAAGAAUUCUGGUUUUUGUGAAGGGGAGGAAAGACACACUUGGUGUCAUUUCAUUGGAGGCACAGAGGAAAAGUGUACUGAUCCAAAGAUUGGGCAAAGGUGGACUAAUGCUGAUGCAAAAUUGGAAAAUUGGAAACCAUCUUUUAUUGUACCCAAAAUGAAAUAUGGUUGUUCUCGAGUCCCCCUUAGUCUUCGAUAUUCACCAUUUAAUAUAUUUUCAAAUAUUCAAGAAAAUCCAGUGACAGAAGCCUUUUCAUAUACUAAAAGUGGGUUCCUAGCAGAAGAUGAAUGUCCGAAAAAGACUACUGAAGUGUUUUUAGAUGAUAAAGAAAAUGUUCAGACUCAAAAUAAAGAUAAAAUUAAAAAGUUAUUGUCUAAAAACAAUUCGCUGAAACCUGUUGAUGAUUCUGAUAUGAAAACAGACAGCCCAGUUGCUUUGGAACAGUGGAAACUGUCUUUGGGAUCUGGAGAGUUCUCUAUUUCAGAAUGUGAAGCUUUGGAUAAACAGUUAUUAAAUAAUCUAGUAAACAAGUUUAAUGACAGUGUUGCUGCAAUCUGGGGUAAGAAUGAAGAUAUGCCUGGAACUGGUUUUGAAGCUAAUCCACAGCAAGUGGAGCUUUCACUAAAAAUGUUUACUUCAAUGUUAACAAACACUAAUAAGCUUCUAACUCCUGAGACCAUGAGGGGAAACCUGAAUCCAAUCCAGGGAUCUUCUGUUUGGUCAGCAGGAUAUGAUGAUCUAAUAUAUUUAAAUAUGUUCAAUGCUUCAAGCUUAACACAUUUUUAUAUCCCAUCUCUUCAUCGAAACCUUGCUGCUGGUAUAAUUUCAGGAAUCAUUGCUGCUAGAAUGGGCUUAGAAAAUAGUCCUUGUAAUUUUGAAAAUCAUCAGUUGUCAGAUUUGUAUUCAAGUAUUCAUGAAGAUUCCCCUUUUCAUAAGGGUGACAUACCAGAUGAUAAAGAAUUAGAUGAGAUAUUGUCACUUCAUCCAGAUGCAUUUCUUAAAAGUUUGGAACAGGAUGAUGGAAUAGUAAUAUCAUCUAACGAUAAUUCUAGACAGGAGAGUCCCAUUAUAAAUUACAUUGGAAGCGAAGCUAACGUGUGGGGAGAUACACCAGACCUUAUCAAUCAGCAGCUUGAAAGUCAUAAUGAUGAUUGUUGGUUUCCUUUUCUUUCUGCUCACAAUACUUUUGAUGUGUUUAGCAGCUUGUUUGAUCAGCAUUUGGAAUGUAAAGACUGCCUUGACUUGCAGAACUGGGGAUCCUGUACUACACUCACACACCACAAAGGAGAGAGUAAAUUUGUAGAGGUAGUUCCUUCUAACAAAAUAAAAAAAAAAGAAGAAGAGAAAAUGAUGGAAAUUUUAAAUGAUUCCUUCAGAUGCUCCUCAGAAUGGUACACUAAGGUUGAAGAGGAAGAUGAAAACCUUCUCACUUCACCUCGAACACAUUUCCAGCCAAUCAAAGAUGAAUGUGAUGCAGAUAACAGUGGUAAAGUAGAACUUUUGUCCCUUUCUGUAAAACAAAAUGAAAAUUUACCUGAUUUUUUUCCAGCUCUGUCCAUAACAAAUAAAGAACAAACUCAAGAUGAUCAUGGUCUUGAUUCUAGAGGUUUUGAUAAAAAUAUUAUCCAGCUUGAGCACAAUAGUUCACCACAAUACGGUAAGCAAAGAAGACGUACAAUAUCCUCUUCUUUUGAAGAACUUGUAUCUCUAACUGGUGCCUUUGAUCUUGAAGAAAAUGAAUCUGGCUCUGAAUCAUUAAAUGAUAAAGUUGAAAUUCGGGUUUCCAGUUCUUUGUCAAGGACAACAGAAUUGUACGAAGAUAAGGGAACAAAUACAGAAAUUAACAGUUUUCCUCAGGAUGUUCGAGAAAGUGGUAAAUUAUGGGAAGAAGAAACUGCAAAUGAACCAACUAUCUAUUCUCCUCAUGUGCCAGAUAUUAAUCCUAUUGUAUUUAAGACAGAUGAAGAAGUUCACUGGGAACAUAUUGACAACACUUGGAAGUGGAGUACCAAUGAUUGUGAAAAAACAGCCUGGAUAUCUGAGACCACUGAAAUUAUGCCUGACUUAGAAGCUUUUCUUGUUCCAGAAAAAAGUAGAAAAUUCCACAGAACUUGUUUAAACCAGUUGCGGGAAGAAAUAGAAGCUGAAGAAGAAGAACUUUUAAGAGACAUAACUCGUGUGAAAGACAAAUGGGAAGAAGUGAUUGAUAUGAAAACAGAAAGUGAAUUUCAAGAUUGUUCAGUUGUGGAAGAUAUAGUUGAAAAAAAAGCAAGAAACUAUUGUGAGGAGGACUAUAUAGAUACUUAUGCACCUUUUGCUACAUUUUAUCUUAACCCAACUGGAGCACCAUGUGAAAGUUACCAAAAGUAUUUGGAAGACUGGAACAACAGGAAAAAAGAAAAAUUUAAAGAUUAUUAUUCUUUGGACGUAGAGGAUCAAGAUGAUGCUGUUUUCCAUUCUGUUCCUUCCCUUCCUGCAGAAAAUGUUUUUUUUUCAUGUGAUUUAGAAGAAGAGUGGAGAAAAGAUAGUAGUUAUUUUGGUGUCCAAGUGCCCCGUAGAAAAAAACCAAAGUCUGGAAUUCCACCUCAGAAACGACCUUGUACCUUUUAUCUUGAAGGAAGCUGUCGAAGAAAAGACUGCAAGUUUUCUCAUGAUCUGGCAGGUAUUACAUGUCGUUUCUGGGAAGAAAGUUCUUGCUUCAAAGGAGUUACCUGUCCCUUCUUACAUGGAUAUCCAAGCCCAACACAACCUGGUAUUGAAAGGAUGACAUCCAGUAAACAUAGCUUUACUCUGGAAUCUGAAAAUGACUUUCCAUCUUUAUCUGUCUCUGCUUCCAGAGUAAAUCAGGAGAGCCAACAAAAAACCAUAGGAGAUAAUCUACGUAUGAGAAGAAAACGUAGUAAGAAUGAUCAGGAGUUCCCAUUGCAAAGUUAAAAUUAUGAACAACUGGUAUCUUUCUCGAAGGAAGAAAUGGUUAACUGUAUGGACAUUGUUUUCUAAAAUUUGUUUCCAGUGGAUGUUAUGAGACCUGGGGCACUUCAUACUAUACUUCAUUAGGAAGAUGUAGAUCAGUAACAUAAGUUUCCUUUUAGAUCAGAAACUAGGCAAGUUUGUGUUUGUGAAAUGUUGCAGAUAAGUGUUUCUUGCUAUUUCAUUGAUUUGUUUGAACAAACAAUUAUACUGGUUAUCAUUCCUUUGUAGUUUCUCUAUUGAAAACAUCCCCAGAAGCUUGAAACCUUUGCUAUGCUACAACUUUACAAUAAAUCAUUUUAUAACAGAAAUCUAUUCAAAAUUAAAAGUCUACAAACUAAUACAUAAAAAAUUUGGAAAAAACAAACACGGUAUAAUUAUAACAAGCAAUGUUGUUUUCAGUUGAAGGACUUGUAUAGUCCUCAGGGAUCCCUGUCAAAGGUACCAUUUUUGAGGGAUCAUGUUUUUAGUCACCUUUGCAGAAAAUUUUGUACAUCAAAUUAUUAUAUAAAAAUUUUCAAAUUGAACUUGUUUUAGGUGAAAAAAAAAAAUUAUUUCAAAAAACAUGAUCCCCUAGGUUCUCUCUCAAAAUUAAAGUGAGGGGGUUGAAAGUUGAAGGAGGGUGUUUUUUUCUAGUCAAAGAGUGGCAUUAUUUAGAUAAUUUUGUUAUAGAUGUUUAAUGGUUUGUUUUCAAGUGUCAUUUAAGUUCCAGUAGCACUUUUAAAGGAUAAAUUUGAUGCUUUCUUUCCUAGUUUGUACAUUGUUUUAAGUUGUUAGCCUUUGUGUAUCUCAGUACUAAAACAAUUCUAUAAUUUUACCUGCAACACACUAAUUUUCUUUAUGCCACUGUUUGUUCUCUUUUGUUAAAAUAAACCUAGAUAGAAAGUAGGAUUCAAGAACUUAAUUUGAUUACCUUCUACAUCCCAGUAAUGUGCAUCUAAAGUAUUUAUUAUUUGUAAAACCGUGUUAAUUUUGAAUAGAUCAACCAAAGUUUCAUCAUCACUAUGUUCCUUUAUUCUCUUCUACUGCCAUCUACUUACACUAACGAAGGAGAAUCCAUGCUUGAUGCAUUGUCCUUUUAUUUGAAAGAAAUACUAGAUAAAGCCCUGUAAUUUAAAUGCAUUCUUUCAUCCACUUGAACUUUCAAUGUGAAAUCAUUAAUACUUUACUAGUUAUAAAUAAAACUCAAAGCAAAUUUUUUAUGGGAUCUUUGUACAGGAAAGAAUGCAAGAAACUUUAGAUAGACAUUGCUGGGCCUAAACUAUUUUUGAAUAUUUGUCUAAAUGAGAAAAGUAUAUAUAUAAAGAAAACAUGCUAUAGGAAGGUAAAUUGCUGCUGACUUUUGAACUGAUCAAUAAAGAGAGAACUUCAGAAACC